AUGGACGCGGUGAAAACCCGGAAAAAAGACCGGAGAAAAGACAAACAAGAUGGCGGCGACACACCUGGCUUGUCGGACGACCAGUCAGAUGCUGAAUCAAUCUCCUCCAAACUAUCGGACUCAAUGAUCACAGAACGAAGUCUGCAUAGAAUGCUACAAGACCUCCGCUCUACCAUUAGGAAGGAUUUCCUACAAAUUGACAGUGAACUGAGGAAGGAAAUCACAACACUGGGCGAAAGAACCAGCCAUCUUGAAAACAAAUCCGACGAGCUGUGUGUAGCUCACAACGAAGUUGUUGAUAAACUUCAGAAACUCUCAGAAGACAACAAUAUGCUUCAAUUAAAAUUAGCAGAUCUAGAGGAUAGAUCCAGAAGGCAGAACGUAAGAUUCAGGGGUAUACCGGACGAUAUAUCCCACGAUGCUCUUCCUGCUUAUAUACUAUCUAUUUGUAAAAUCUUAGUUCCAGACUUACCAGACUCUGCAUGGACUUUUGACCGCAUGCACAGACUUCCACGCCCGGCACGUAUGGCACAAGAUGUCCCUAAAGACACUAUUGUGAAGUUUCACUACUUUGCACACAAGAACACUCUGCUCAACGCAGCAAGAAAGGCAGGCACUCUACCUGACCCCUUUCGAAAUAUAUUCUUAUUUGCUGAUCUAUCAGCUUCCACUAUGGCACGUAGAAAAGAAUUUAUAACCAUCACCAAAACCCUACGCAAUAAUAAUAUCUCCUACAAGUGGGGUUACCCAACGAAACUUCUGGUCUGGAGACAAGGCAGAACACUGGUUAUAACCGAACCAGCCGAAGGUAUGAAGAUAAUCACCUCCUGGGGGCUUUGGAAUGCAACCACGACAACUUCACAUGCCGCACAAGCAACAGACCUUUCCCCGAAGAAACUUCAAGCGGAUUGGAAUAUGACGGGAUCGUCUACUACAAAACCAUGAACUGCCUUUUAACUCAACAUUCGCGGGAAGCGAUGAGUAUAACCUAUACUGCAAUAUGCUGAUAAGUUCUCAUGUUAAAUUGUUCUCUCUUUAUUCUUUACUGUGUAAUAUGUCAUUACGUUUGCAUUGAAUUUCAGCAUAAUUGACUCUAAAACUUAGUUAAGUUAUAUGCCUUAACUCAUUUUUUACUAGAAAUUGUCUGAAUAAUAUAUGCUUAAGGAGUAGAUACUAUGAAAAUGUGGUAAUGCAUAAUUGUACACGCCUGAUAUGAAGUGCACAUUGCGACAUGGACCCUUUCAGUUGCGCCUAUUAGCCUGGUUUUCCGUGAUCGCUCACGAUCACCAUGUGUCACUUAGUACAGAUUCUGAUUUUAAUUGCGGGUGAUAAUUCUAAACCCGGUACUCCUGUACUUGGAUUGAUGUCCAUAAAAUGGUAGAUUAACAUCAUUGCACCUAGUACAUGCAGCAUUAUAAGUGCAAUUACCGCCUAUCUGAUUAUGAGCGAUUAGACUAACUUAAAACCGCGCAACAAUAUACUACCAAUCCCAACUUACUUGUUAGAAGGAAUGAGCGUACGCGCUUGCAUCACCAAAA